AUGGGGCAGGCGCAGAGCGUCAAGCUUCAAGAACUCGAGAACGGUGCCAGCGGCGGCGGCCUCGGGGCUAAGCUGCGGGCGGCGCGGCGCCGCCACAUCGCAGAGCAGCAGCAGCUGCAACCCGCCAACGGCUCGGCGAACGGCGCCGCCGACAGCGCCACCGACGACGGCGCCGCGCUGCCGCCCCUCGGCGCCGCGGCGGCGCCCGGCGCGCCGUUCCGGCCGGAUCUUUCGGGCCCGCCCGUCCCGGGCUGCGACGAGCAGCGGCUGGCAUAUGUCGAGUCCCUUGACCUGUUGGAUUCGCCGCCGGCGCCGGAGCUGGAAAACAUCCUAUCCCUCAUCAGCGGCAUCUUCGGGACGCAGGCCGCGCUCAUCGCGCUGUUCGGGGACAAGCGCAUCUGGGUCAUGGCGGGGCGCAACUUUGCGGUCGGCGAUUUCCCAUGGCGCCACAGCUUCUGCGGGUGGUCUAUGGCCUCAGAGACCACAACAGUCAUGGUCGUGCCCGACGCCCACGCCGACGCCAGGUUUACUAACCACCCUUACGUGAAGUCUGGCAGGGUCGGCUUCUACGCAGGCACCCCACUCGUGGCCUCCAACGGCCACCGCCUGGGGACACUCUGCUGCGCCGACCCCACGCCGCGGGCCUUCGACGACCACCAGUGCCAGGUGCUGUCGAACUUCGGCGCCGUGGUGGCUCAGGAGUUGGAGAAGAGCGCGCGCAUGGCCGCCUCCACAAAGCGCCUGUCCGCGUCUGCGCGGCGCGCGCUGGCGGACAGCCUGGACCAGGACGUGGCGUGCGCGCUGUGCGUCACGGCGUGCCCCAAGCGGGGGCUGUCCAUCUCGCACGCCAACUCAGCGAUUGGGGACCUGUCAGGCGUCCCGCCUCUUGAGCUCCUGGGCCUGUCCCUCUGGAGCCUCUUCACCCCCGCCGGCCCCGACGCGCCGCCCGACGCCGCAGCCGCCAUCCUGCGCGACGCCGAGGCCGCGGCGCGCGAGGGCAAGGCGUUCGCGUUGCGCGGGGCGCGGCUGAUCGGACGCACCGCCGACGCUUUCGAUCUGUUCUUCAGGCCCGUCGGCGCGAGCAGCAUGGGGGGCGUGCGCGAUGUGGCGGUGCCGGCCUUCCUGCCGGAUGCCCCCGAGAACGCCGCCCCAGACGACACCUUUUUCGUGACCGUUGCGCCCUCCGCCGGCGCCUUCGCCCCCGCCGCGCGCCACGCGUCCGACGGCCGCAGCGUCGAUAGCUUCGGGAGCACGGUCAACGGCGGUCAAGAUCACCACCACGCGCGGGAGUGGCGCGGGUCGGACUGCGGGGACGGGGGCAGCGCGUGCGGCAGCCUGUCUGUGAUUGACGGCCGCGACAGGUGCCCCAUCGAGGGGCUCAAGGUUGGCGCCUCCCUGGCCUCUGGCUCCUACGGAAGGGUGUACAAGGGCAAGUACUUUGGGUCCAGGGUGGCCGUCAAGGUCCUGGAGGCGGACGCGGUGCUGCGCAGGGACCCCGUGACUGGCGCCACCCUGGAGGCUGUGCUGUCGAAGGCCCUCAGCCACCCCAACAUCGUCUCCACCCUCGCAUGGCGCAUUGUCCACGGGGAGGCCCGCCUGCCCAAGCCGGCCGCCAACCUCAUGGGCGAGUCCCUCAGCAUCCCGCCCCGCAAGGGCAGCACCGCCGGCAGCGCCGACUCCCGCAGGACCGGCCCCGCCAGCAGCUGCCGGGAAGCUGCCGCCAGCGGCGCUCCCAACGGCGCCGCCAACGGCACCAACGGGCACGCGGCGGCGGCGUCUGAUGCGGGAGGGGUGGAGGCGCUGGCGUCGAGCCUGGCGGAUUACGAGUUGGUGGACGGCCCCGACGCGGGCCUGCGGGGCAGGGACUCUGGGCGGCUCUCGCUGGACAGCAAUGCCAGCGCCAUGACGGCGUGGGAGCGCGACAGGCUGGAGGGACAGACCUGGAUAGUGCUGGAAUACUGCGACAAGGGCUGCCUGCAGGACGCGGUCGACCGCGGGUGGCUGCGCAGUGGCCGCUCCUAUGCCAACGCCGAGCCCGACCUGCUGGCCGUGCUCAUCACCGCCCGCGAGAUCGCGUCCGCCAUGCUGUACCUCCACUCUGUGGGCGUGGUGCAUGGGGACCUGUCGGCUUACAACGUGCUGCUCACCAGCGCCAGCCCAGACGCGGCCCUGGCGGCGCGCGGCUUCACGGCCAAGGUCUCAGACUUUGGUCUGGCGCGCGUCAUGGACCAAGGCAGCCGCAUCGAGACGGCCACCUACGGCACCCUGACACACAUGGCUCCUGAGGUGCUGGAGCAUGGCAUUGUGUCAAAGGCGGCCGACGUCUACUCCUUCGGGGUGCUGCUCUGGCAGAUGUGCGUCGGCAGCCGCCCCUGGGCCGGCAUGAGCCACGCCGCCGUCGUCCGCGCGGUGGUCCAGGAGCGCCGCUCCCUCGAGCUCGGGUCGGAGACGCCUGAGGGCGUCGCCCUGCUGGCGGGUGCCUGCAUGGCGCGCGACCCCAACGAGAGGCCGUCCUUCAGGGAGGUGCUGGAAGUCCUGGAGCCACUGGGGGAAAUGCUGGAGGAGGCGCUGGCAGGGGCUGAGGGCGCCUUCGCCGGCGGGGACGGCGACGCCUGA